AUGGCCCAACGCGACACCAACAAGUUGCGCAUUCGGUGGUGCAAACACACUCGACAGUUUGUGCCAUCACCGUCGCCGCGUCCUGUCAAGAGCCCAAGAAAGGCCGUGCCACCAACGACCACUGAGCAAAACAACAAUGCUCCGACGGUCGCAUCGCUCCACUUGCCACCGAUUGAGGUCGUCGGCCUUGGUGCGGACGAUGUGGCCAAGUUUUUCAGCGUCGCCAUCUUUCAAGAAGACACGAUGGCGCGGACGCCACUGCGCGUCUACGUGGACCUCUUUGCACGAAUCCAGUUUUCGACCGACCUCGCCCGCAUCGCAACAAACCGCAAGGCGCUCGAGCUCUUCCUCGAAUGCUACGAGCUCUGCCUCGGCCUCGUUACGGUGCCCCACCCGAGCCUCUGCCGCGAGUGGCUGCCGUGCGCCGAGAUGUAUCUCUUCCUUGGUCGAUUCGCGAAAGCGCGCCGCGUCGCCCAGCAGGUUGGAGCGUCCAAGGACAUGACGGAGCGUCUCAAGCGCGUCCUCGUGCUGUCUCGUAACCACGAGCGUGCGUGCGAGACGUCUCGAAGGGCCCUCGAAUUUGCGUACCCGCCAAAAGAGAGUUUGCACGCGUUGGUCGCCGCCAUCGACAGCGUCUUGUCGACGUCGCCAGCCUCCCCGGAAGCCUUGUACCUCAAAACCGCGGUGCUUGUGGCCACGCAAAUGUACGACGAGCUUCUCGAGUUUCUAACCCGGCUCCCGUUUCCACUUGUGGCGUCCGACACCAACUUGCUCAUCGCGAACGCACGAGCGCAGAGCCAUGUGGGCAAUCUCGAGGCAGCCGUCGCCUUGCUUCAGAAAAUGCCACCCGGCCGCCACUCGCCGACCUCACGCCAGUAUCUCGAGCAGCUCCAGCGCAUGCAGUCACGUCGGGCGCAAGGCAUCUCGCUCGUCAACGGCGGUCACUAUACCGCUGCUAUCGACAUGUUGACAACGUGCUUGGCUCUGGAGACGUCGAAUGCGCUGUACCAAGCCAGCGUCUUGUAUGAGCGCUCGGGGGCCUUCUUGGGCGUACCUGGGAGAGAGGGGGAUGCGGUUGCAGACGCCGAGGCGUGUCUUCGACUGCAGCCCACCCACGCACUCUGCCAUGUUCGCCUUCGCAGUGCACGUGUGCAGCUCGAGACGGCCAAGAUGCAGCACCUCGUUUACAAGGAGCAGCGGGCGGCAGACAAGGCCAACAAGCGUCCAUCAUACGCCAGCGUCUUCUUCCGAACUGGUGCACCCUCCAACCUCGCACCGCGCGACCAGCUGCGGUACUUGAAGUCGCACACGGAGGCCACGGGACGACCCAAGACGACGCCGGUGCUUGCAACAAUACCCCUAGAACUCUAUUACACGAUGUUGGGCAUUUCGCCUGCGGCAUCGAUGGACGAGGUCAAGAAGGCGUACCAUCGAUGCGCGCUGCAGCUGCACCCAGACAAGCGCAAGAAUGCGGACGCUGACGACCAGUUCAAGGCGAUUGCGACAGCGUAUGCGGUACUGAGCGACACGGCCGCGCGCGACGAGUAUGACCGCGUGGUGAAGUCGUCAUGUUACUCGACCCAUUAA